CCUAUGUGAUACACAAGUGAGAUGUAGCACAUCCGGUAUAAAUUAUCUUGAUCAAAGCUGUAUAUUUUCUAAACUACAUUAGAUCUAAGUUUCAACAGAAAUACCUGUCUAUAACAACUGACAUCGUCGUGACAACAAUGUAGGCCUACACUAGCCACCUAAAGCCAAAAGUUAUAUCCGCAUAUUUGCAUCUGCGGUUCAACGAUUACGCAUUGUGUUACAUACGUAAGCCUUGUUUUGCUGUGCUUCUUGUGCUCAAUCAAAUCAAUGUUUAGGAAGUAACGCUAAAGACUCAGACGAAAACAAUAUGGCAAGUGAAGAAGACGUAUCACAGUAUUUUAGAGGUACACAUGAAGUUCAAGAAUGUCUUGAAGGUCAAGGCGAGGCACAUCUAAAAACAUACAACGCAAAAUGUACAAAAAACCCAGGACACACGCGAUUUAUACCAGUCAAAACUUUAACAUUACAACAUUUUCCUUCUGGUUACCAAGACAACGACCUGUUUGAUCUUAUCAAAGCCAUGUCUGACGUCACGGUUAGGAUAUACGCUAAGUUCACCAGUUUUGAUAGACCAGAGUUUAUAACUGGCACCACAGAUCGUUAUCCGUUUUAUGCCUCAAGGGGGAUGCACAAACUGAGGUCAGGGAGUGGGAGGGUGUAUCAUGUUGACAAGUACUCUGAAGAAAAGCACAACAUGACAUGUCCAUGUCCUGAAUGUGUGGUUUCCCCCACACCCAGCAAAGUGUGGUGGAAGGUUGGUAUACUGACAGCCAGACAUGUGGUGUUUGAUUCGAGUGAGGCUAGACAGUCCAGCUGUAGGUUGUGGUUUGAUGAGGAGAAAUGUCCAGUCGUUAAAAUCUAUGGGUGGACAUUGGAUGCGUCAGACACUGAUAUGGAUAGGUGCAGGAUGCAUUGUGUGACGCAUGACUUAGCGUUAGGUGAAAAACUGAAAGAUAUGUACAUGAAUUUUUUCCGUCUUUAUUGUAAAGUGAAGGACAAAUAUAAGUGUCAUAACGGUAUGGACAAGCUGACCAUUAUAGUGUCACAUCCACAUGGCUGUUCUAAGCAGGUCUCUAUUGGUAACUGGGUACACAAGCAGAAGUUGGAGAGAAGGACGAGAUACACCUACACCACGUGCACCUGUCCAGGUAGCAGCGGGGCUAUCGUCUACAGAGUGGGGGGUCCCUGGUCUUCAGCCCACCAUAACAGCGGAGGAACGCCUUCUGGAUUAAAUUACAGUGGCGCGUGGAAAGAUAGUACUGGCUAAUUACG